AUGAGAAAUGCAAAUAAUCAAUGGAAGGUCACCGGGAACCAAGCGACGCCUGCUGAAUUUCCUUGGGUUGUGGCUGUGUUCUACGAAGGAGAAUACUUGGUUGGCGGUUCCCUGAUUGCCCCUGGAGUUGUCCUUACAGUAGCUGACCCCUUAAUGGAUACGUCCGCCACGAAAAUGGUAGUCAGGGCAGCGGAAUGGGACAUGAACUCAGAAAGAGAACCGUUCCCGUAUGAAGAGCGCCUUGUGGAGAAGAUAGUGUCUCAUGAAGAUUUCCAUUUUACCACCGGGGCCAACAACUUGGCCCUUCUCUUUUUGAAAUCAAAGUUCCAGUUGAAGUACCAAAUCGCAACUAUCUGCUUGCCUAGCAUCAAAAGCUCGUUCGAAGAAUAUGGCUGCAUUGUUGCCGGUUGGGGGAGGACGAAAUUCACGGAUCGAAACAAUUCCGCCAUUCUGAAGAAAAUCAACUUACCCCUGGUGAACACAAGAACAUGUGAGCAUCGCUUGAAGCAAACCGAAGAGCUGGGCUGGGAGUAUAAUCUUCCCAAGAGUUUAAUUUGUGCCGGAGCAGAGCUUAACCAGGACGCCUGCAUCGGCGACGGCGGAUCAGCCUUGUUCUGCCCCAUCGGAGGUCACAAUUCGAAUACCUACGUGCAGGUUGGCAUCGUGAACUGGGGCAUCGAGUGCGGCAAGGAAAAUGUCCCUGGAACGUACACAAAUGUGGCUAUGUUCGCGGAGUGGAUUAAACAGAAACUGCUGAUUUUUAACUACAGAUAA